CUCACCACACACAUCUUUGUGCGCUCUCUCUCUCAGUUGCUUUGCUGCUCCCCUGUUUCCUGCUGUGUUUCUUCAUCCCUUCUUCAGAGUCAUCUCACUCCCACUCCCAACUAGGAACUACAAACCAGCUCUUUACGGAAAUGGCAUCGAAGCGGCAAGUGGGCUACAAGUGUUGCAUAGCAGGAGUGGUGCUCCUGCUGUUGACCAGUAUUGCCGCCCUUAUUGCUGUUGCUGUCAUCCAAGACACCUGGAGUUUUAAAGAGUACACAUUAGAGUACGGCAUAGUGAUAGACUCGGGUUCAUCUCGCUCCAAUGUGUACCUGUACGCGUGGCCCGGGGAGAAGGAGAAUGAAACAGGAGUAGUGACUGAGAUAAAGAACUGUAGAGUUUCUGGUGAUGGAAUCUCAGAGAUGAAAGUUGACCCAGAGAAAGAUGCUAAGUCAUUGAAAGCAUUCAGUGAUUGCAUGGGUGAAGUCAUGAAAGCCAUUCCUGCUGCAAAACACAACACCACACCCCUCUUUCUAGGAGCUACAGCUGGAAUGAGACUGCUACGUGAGAGGGAUGAACAGAGGUCCAAUGAAAUCCUGGCUAGUCUCAGAGAGUACCUGAUUUCUUUUCCCUUCGCCUUCCAAAAUGCCUCCAUCAUCACUGGUCAAGAAGAAGGCCUAUAUGGGUGGAUCACUGUCAACUACCUCAUGGGAAACUUCUUCGAGAAAAACCUGUGGAACACCUAUGCACGGCCAGAAGGGGGAAAGACAGUAGGAUCCAUGGACCUUGGUGGGGCAUCGACCCAGAUUGCCUUCGUAGUCGAUGAUGAUCUCAGAGGACCAGACUACAUGCAUAUCAAACUAUACGGUUACCCAUACAAUGUCUACACACACAGUUUCCUCUGCUAUGGCAAAAAUGAGGCUGAGAAGAGGAUUCUGGACAAAAUUGUUCGGGAAUCAUCUAACCCAACCUACAUUAUGAACCCCUGCUACGCUGAAGGAUACAACAUCACAUAUAACGCCUCAUUUAUUUAUGACACAGAGUGCACAAAGAAACCAAAAAACUACAACCCAACUCAAGAAAUCUUCAUGGUGGGAGCCCCUGACUCAAACAAGUGUGGGAGCAUAGUGAAGUCCAUAUUUGAUUUCAAGACCUGUUCUUCAUCCCACUGUUCUUUCGACGGGGUCGAGCAGCCACCAGUCACUGGAGAGUUUAUGGCAUAUGCUGGAUUCUUCUACACUGCUAGGGCUCUGGGGAUUAACGGUUCAUCGGAUCUUGAUCAAUUCAACUCCUCAGUGAGCAAAUUCUGCCACACACAUUGGACAGUGCUGAAGCAAGAAAAGACAUGGAUCUCUGACAGAUACCUUAAGACCUACUGUUAUGCAGCUCACUACGUCUUCUCUUUGCUGGGAGAUGGAUACAAGUUUGACAAAGAGACGUGGAAAAACAUUAACUUUGAAAAAGAGGUAAAGAAAACCAGCAUAGGUUGGAGUUUGGGCUACAUGCUGAGUAUGUCCAACAUGAUCCCGUCUGAAGUGAAACAGAUCUCCCCCAUGACAAACGGCGUCUUUGCCGGCCUUAUAUUUCUAUUUUCAGCACUAACCAUUGUGACUUUCAUUGUAGUUUUCAUCAUUCUCGUUCGCACCUGCUACUGAGAGUGUAAGUUACAAAGGGAAUGAAUGACCUGCCACUGAAAGGGGAUGGUGUGAUCCUAUAAGGUACUGGAGAGUGCUAUAGUUACGAAGUUGUGUUUUUUUUAUUUUCAGCCUGAGUCAUUUACUGCCUUCUAUUUCAAUUAAGAGACCUUCUGAAAAAUUAAGAGCUUUUACAUGAAAACCUCUCACUGUGUAUGCAUUCAGGGUCUUUGAGUCUUUGAACCAGGUUCAGAAAACACAGUUCAUUUUGUACCUCAGGGAAACUCACAUAGAUUUAAGUCAUAGGAUCGUUUUCCGGGUAAAAAGGGUGCCACAGCGGUUGCCUGGAUAAUGCAAGAGCAUCCAGACAUGUCCAUGUCCUUGUUCUUGUUGCACGCUGUGUAAUCUGAAAACUGUUUAAUCUUAAAAUGAGAUUCACAAUUGUGUGCUCACAUGCACACUUGGACCCCUCAGGCAAAAAGCAUGAUGUAUUAACUCAAUUACUAUGUUUUGUCUCCUGUUUUAUACAUGUAAUUGCACUGAAUGCAUUUAUGUAACAUACAAAAAGGUAGCACUUUGCUGCGGCUUUAUUGUAGUGUUUUAUACUGUGUAUCUGAAACUAUAACUACACAGCAAAACUCUACAUUUAUUGAAUGAAUGAAAAUCUCCCUAAUAAGUAAUGUAAUGAAUGUACAAUUUGCCAUUGUUUUCUUAUGAUUUUGCAAACUAAAUACAUGUUACGUUAAGUCAGAAAGUUGUAUACAGUCUGUUUCCAAAUUUAAUUUCUGAGUUUGGGACAGCAGCCAACCAGUUACAGAAAAUGUGUGUGCGAAGUGUUGUUUUUUCUGACUUGGUGUUGUUGCACAUCUGGGAAGGUUUUCUUCCUGUACUACUUACAGAUAAGUACUGUCUGUACUGACAAUUCACACAUAUGCAGUUUUCAGUGUAAUCCAUAUGCAGUCCUCAUGUAAUAUGAAAUAUGUCAAUAUGUAGCCUUUCAUGAGAAAUGUAAUCAACAGAAACUAGUCUACUGAAAUAAAGUUUGAUGACAAAUCC